AUGGGUCUCAUGAGGACAGAUGCGCAUGCCUCAGAACGGAAGAUUAUCCUGGAAGCGCUCGCAAACUCCCUCGGACCGGAUGGACAACAGAAGUUUAUCAUCGACCUUCGCCUUUUGAACAUCCUGUACAGAGGCCACGAGAUGCUAUGGAGUGUGUCGCCGUGCCAUGUUGCCGCUGUCAGGUACGUGACCCGUGACCUGGAAGCGAUAGAACCACCCGAUCACACCUACACGAGACAGAACCGUAUCCAACGCAUCUCGCAUCAGGCUGCACGGAUCGUCUUCGCUCGCUACCUGCAUAACGUCCAGCCUCAGGACGUAGAGCCACUGGUUGAAAAGGCUCUACAGUACUUGGAAGAAUUGCGUGAGAGUAACAAUGAGAGCCAGUAUACUCAGGUCGGAUACUCGCGGCUCACGCCCCAUCACGAGGAGCGGGUGAUGAGAUGGCUCAAAGGGCGGUUCAGACCGGGCUUGCGUCGUGUCAAUUACAGCUUGCAGAUGAUGAGGAAAUAUUGGGAACAUCUAGAUCUUGCGGGAAAUGAGCCUUCAUGA